AAUUAAAAUGUUAUCUUCAGUGUCACCUAUCGAGCAAACAUGGGCUUCUUUCAAGACCAAACGCACUUCUACCGAGUUGUACUCGGAGGAUGCAGUCGUCAUGUAUGUACCUACCUGCGUAGGUGUUCGCGGCAACGCACAGAUCCGUAAAUUCUUUUUAAAUUCGCAGUUUUCCGAAAAAGUAAACCCUGUACAAGAAACCGUUUACAAUACCGUCGUUGGAUCACAUCAAUUAAUUGAAGAAGUCAUCUGGUCCAUUCAUUUUCACAGUGGGGAAUGUAAAUGGUUAGUGCCUCAUCUCGAAGAUCGAUAUUUGAUGAAUUCAACCAUUAAAUUUCCAGUCACUGCCUCGGUCAGUUUUGAUAAAAAUCAUAAAAUUCAAUCCAUUCGUUAUCUUUGGGAUCAGGCUUGCGUCUUGAAACAAUUACAAGUCAUUUCUUCUAAAGUCAAAUGGCCUGUAGUCGGUCAAGAGCAAAUCGAAGUGCUGCGUUCUCCCAACACUGUUCCACUAACAGGGCUAAAUGAUCAACCAGUAGAUUUGGAUCAUCAAAAGACUCAACAGGAACAAGACAAGAAUCAAUUUGUGCCAGGCAGAAUUUUUGGUCCUGUGGAUCCAAAAGAUCAAGUACGUCAAGCUGUUCGCCGCCCCGAGGCUAAUGCACCUCCUGCUCGCAACAUCUUUACAUUCCAACCACCUUCACAAAGGCCCCUUGUGGCUGCCAAUCCAAAUAAACUUGGCUCGAGUUUCUCUUUCACACAUGAUGAAGGCAAAAUUGCUUAA